CAAACCUCUAACCCAAAUAAACACCCCUAGAAAAUACCUAUAAAUAACGUGUUAUGGAGCAAGAUGAAGUACUUCAUCGAAGUUUAUUUUUUUCUCAAUUGACGGCGAUUUGAUUUACACGAUUUGGUUAAGAACAAACCACCUCGCUUUCUAAUUUAUUACCAUAUACCUCUAGCAAAUACAAGAUCCUUGGCGUAGUUGCGCCAAAAUGUUACCAUUGCUGAAAUUGUUAGGCUGAGGCAUAAUCAACACUUUAUUAUGAUUAGCAUAUCUCAGGAUUGUGCUGCUACUACUACUAGAUUAUCCUGUGUGUGAAAGAUAUGAAGAUUUUUGGGUCGUGCAACCAAGCAGCUAGGCUCUUCUCCAAUGGCUAUGCACUUGCAAAAUCUGUUGCAAUAUUGUGCAAGAAACAGUUUGAUAGUCGAAGGAAAGGCUUGCCAUGCUCAAAUUAUUCGAGCUGGUUUAUGGUUUGACACUUUAACAUCAAAUAUGCUCAUCAAUAUGUAUUGUAAAUGUGGUCUUCUUGACAUUGCUCGUCAGGUGUUCGAUAAAAUGCCUGAAAGAAGCUUGGUUUCUUGGAACACUAUAAUUGGAGCGUACAACCAGAAUGGAAAGGCAGAUGAAGCCUUAAGCCUCUUUGUAGAGAUGCAAAGAGAGCAAUCUCUAUUUAGUGAGUUUACUGUCUCGAGCAUCCUAUGUGCUUGCGCAGCCAAAUCUGCUAUUUUUGAGUGCAAACAACUCCAUGCACUGGCUAUUAAGAAGGCAAUAAAUUCAAAUGUGUAUGUUGGGACUGCGUUGCUUGACGUUUACUCAAAAUGCAAUUUCAUGCAAGAGGCAUCAUGGGUUUUCGAGAGCUUAGAGGAAAAGAGUGAUGUUACAUGGAGUUCAAUGGUCGCGGGUUAUGUACGAAAUGAGCUCUAUGAAGAGGCUUUCAGGUUGUUUCAUAGAGGUCAAAUUGUGGGGUUGGAGCAAAACCAGUUUACUCUGUCUUCAAUUCUCUCUGCUUGUGCAGGAUUAGGUGCUUUAAAUGAAGGGAGUCAAGUGCAUACCAUUUUGAUCAAGGAUGGCUUUAGGGCGAACAUAUUUGUAGCCUCCUCACUUAUAGACAUGUACUCGAAAUGUGGAGCCGUUAAAGAGGCUUACGCUGUAUUUUCUGAUCAACACAGCAAGAACAUUGUUUCAUGGAAUGCAAUGAUCUCCGGUUUCUCUAAACAUGGUCGAUGCUUAGAAGCAAUGAUUCUGUUUGAGAAGAUGCAGCAGACAGGUUUCUCUCCGAAUGAAGUGACCUAUCUCUCGGUUUUAUCUGCGUGUGGCCAUAUGGGCUUAGUUGAAGAGGGACGGAAGUAUUUCAAUCUUAUGUUUGAAAAACACGCUAUAAGACGCAAUAUUCUCCAUUAUUCUUGCUUGGUGGAUAUUCUCGGUCGUGCAGGAUUAAUCAAAGAAGCAUAUGAUGUGAUAAAGACGAUGCCAUUUGAAGCAACUGCUUCUAUGUGGGGUUCCCUGCUGGCAUCUUGUAGAAAUUUCAAGAACCUUGAGCUGGGUGAGAUUGCUGCUAAGCAUUUAUUUGAGCUUGAACCCAACAAUGGUGGAAAUCAUGUCUUGCUUUCCUAUAUUUAUGCAGCCAAAAAGAACUGGGAAAAAGUUGCUGAAUCGCGUCAGUUACUCAAGGACAGUGUUGCCACAAAGGAUAGAGGUCAAAGUUGGAUCGAGAUCAAACAUAGGGUUCAUUGUUUUAUGGUCGGAGAAAGAGAACAUCCUCAAAUUGCCGAAAUUUAUUCAAAGGUAGACGAGUUAAUAGAAGAUAUGAAGAAGUUAGAUUAUAAAGUUCAGAUAGAGCUCGACUUUCAUGAUGUGGAUGAAAGCAAGAAAGAAAUGUUACUGAGGCAUCAUAGCGAGAAGCUUGCUUUUGCUUUCGGAAUCAUCAGCUUGCCUCUUGGUGCACCUGUUAGGAUAAUGAAGAAUUUAAGGAUUUGCGGUGAUUGUCAUAAUUUUAUGAAGAUGGCAUCGAAGAUUACAAAUAGAGAAAUCAUAGUCAGGGACUUAAAUCGUUUUCACCAUUUCAGUAAUGGUAAUUGUUCUUGUAGAGAUUUUUGGUAA